CUACACGCAAGGCGUCGGGCGCACACGCUCCGGAGACACAGAAAACGCGCACAAAAUGCUGCGUCCACGAGCUGUGAGAAGCCGCUGGAUGUGAAGUGAAGAAACACACAGGAAAGCCCCCCCAACCCCCCUCGUCUCCUGCCGGACUGUGUUUGUUGUUGUUGCUGCUGCUGCAGCAAUCAUUCCAGCACAGCUCUCGCCGAUGCGCUUUAGCCGUGCAGGGAUCCUUCCGUUUGGUUUGCAGGUUCAGGACGAAACCUGCGCUGCUGACGCCUGACUGAGAGAGAGAGGUGGGGGAUACAGCCUUAUCCACGUCCACGCACACCCAGCUUGGCACCUGAUCCAGGAUGGCGUUAACGAUCUGCACGCGAUUUACCGACGAAUAUCAGCUGUUCGAGGAGCUGGGGAAGGGCGCCUUUUCUGUGGUGAGGAGGUGCGUGAAGAUCUCCUCUGGACAGGAAUAUGCUGCCAAAAUCAUCAACACCAAGAAGCUUUCUGCUAGAGAUCAUCAAAAGCUGGAGAGAGAGGCGAGGAUCUGUCGUUUACUAAAGCACCCUAACAUUGUAAGACUCCAUGACAGCAUAUCAGAAGAGGGUUUCCACUAUCUGGUCUUUGAUCUGGUGACUGGAGGAGAGCUGUUUGAGGACAUUGUAGCCAGGGAAUACUACAGUGAGGCUGAUGCUAGCCACUGCAUACAGCAGAUCCUGGAGAGCGUCCAUCACUGCCAUGUUAAUGGGAUCGUUCACAGGGAUCUGAAGCCUGAGAACCUUCUAUUGGCCAGUAAGCUGAAGGGGGCGGCGGUCAAGUUGGCUGACUUUGGGCUGGCUAUCGAAGUACAGGGGGACCAACAGGCAUGGUUUGGGUUUGCUGGAACUCCGGGCUACUUGUCUCCGGAGGUUCUAAGGAAAGACCCCUAUGGGAAACCCGUGGACAUGUGGGCCUGUGGUGUGAUUUUGUACAUCCUGCUGGUGGGUUACCCCCCUUUCUGGGAUGAAGAUCAACAUCGCCUCUACCAACAAAUCAAGGCUGGUGCCUAUGAUUUCCCAUCCCCGGAGUGGGACACUGUAACUCCUGAGGCCAAAGAUCUGAUUAACAAGAUGCUCACGAUCAACCCCAGUAAACGCAUCACUGCCACAGAGGCGCUCAAACACCCCUGGAUCUGCCAACGGUCGACCGUGGCUUCCAUGAUGCACAGGCAGGAGACCGUGGAGUGCCUGAAGAAAUUCAAUGCUAGGAGGAAACUCAAGGGAGCAAUAUUGACCACUUUGCUGGUCACAAGAAACUUCUCAGCAGCCAAGAGUUUGCUCAACAAGAAGACAGACGGCGUUAAGGUCAACAACAAAGUCAACACAGUGACCAGUCCUAAAGACACUGGCCCUGCCCCUGCACUGGAGCCACAGACGACGGUGAUCCACAAUCCCGUGGAUGGAAACAAGGAGUCCGUCGAGAGUGCCAACACCACCAUAGAGGAUGAAGAUGCAAAAGCCCUUCGUAUGGGCAGCUUAGUGAGCAGUGUCUUGAGUUCUAAGAGCCGUUCCUCACAGAUGUCAGACUCAAGACAGACUCCCACCUCCUCAGUUCAGACCUGCACCAAUAACAAUAAAGCUCGCAAACAGGAAAUUAUCAAGGUCACUGAGCAGUUGAUCGAAUCCAUCAACAACGGAGACUUUGAGGCCUACGCGAAGAUUUGUGAUCCUGGCCUGACUUCCUUUGAGCCUGAAGCCCUCGGCAAUCUUGUGGAAGGACAUGACUUCCAUCGCUUUUACUUUGAGAAUGCACUGUCCAAAGGGAACAAGCCAGUGCACACCAUCCUCCUGAACCCACACGUGCACCUUAUUGGGGAGAAUGCAGCGUGCAUCGCCUAUAUUCGGCUGACCCAGUAUAUGGAUGGCGGGGGCAUGCCGCGCACCAUGCAGUCUGAAGAGACCCGUGUGUGGCACCGCCGGGAUGGAAAGUGGCAGAACAUUCACUUCCAUCGCUCAGGCUCGCCCAGCAUCCCCUCCCAUUAAUGGAAUAUCAAUGAGCGGAAAAAGUGAAAGGAUAAAAGAAAUCCCAUCAGCAAAUUUAGCGGAGCAGUCAACUAGCCAACCCAUGACUGCCUUUUAGACCCUCGACCCACCUAUAAGGAUAUAACGUCGCACAGGACACAAGCAUUACUCAAUUUUACCGUUAUGACAUUUUCUGAAAGGACAUCAUUCGAAACCACCGUGGGGUGGUUGUACUCUGUAUUUGGACAUUAUGAAACAAGCAUAUUGAGAACAUUUUGUUUGUUUGGUUAGGUUUUUUUUUUUUUUUUUAAUGUUUUGGUAUGCAUUUUAAAUAUAAAAUAGAGAUGUUUAAAAAUCUACGACUGUAACCUCACCCAAAAAAUUAGUUCCGUAUUUUUAUGUGUAUUAAUGUGUGUGCAACUCAAAACCAUUUGGAAGAUCAGAACCUUAAAAACUGAGCUUGCUUUAGUUCUGGUGAUGUAUAUAUGUUGUGUUUGUUGAUAAAAGGAAAAAAAAAAACAAA